AUGGGGGAAAAAAGGACAAUAAUCAAAGCGCUGAAAAACUCUGCAGCGUCCCACUUCAUCAAGAAGUUGACCGCAGAUACUUCCCUGUCGUCCAUACAAGAGGCAAUAAACGUCGUGCAGCAGUACAAUGCAACGGAUCCCGUGAGAUUAAAGCUUUUCCAUACGCCUCGGAUGGUUUCGCAGGGGGCUCAUUUUGCAUUUUGUUUGCCCACUAAGAAACCACAUUACAAGCCAUUACUGCUUUCGCAAAACGCACUUGAUGAGUUUAAUUUGGUGCAGGAUCAGGACUUGGAGAAAAUACUAUCCGGUGAGAAAGUAUAUUAUUCCGAUAGUAUCUUUCCCUAUAGUACAGUGUACUCCGGAUUUCAAUUCGGCUCAUUUGCUGCACAGCUGGGAGACGGACGUGUGGUAAACUUGUUUGAUCUUAAGGACAAGUGUAGCGGACAAUGGCAAACGUUUCAGUUGAAAGGUGCCGGUAUGACGCCAUUUUCUCGGUUUGCAGAUGGGAAAGCUGUGUUAAGAUCAAGCAUACGUGAAUUCAUAAUGAGCGAGGCGUUGCACAGUAUUGGAAUUCCAUCCACAAGAGCUAUGCAAUUAACUCUGUUACCGGGGACGAAGGCGCAAAGGCGCAAUCAAGAACCGUGCGCUGUUGUAUGCCGUUUUGCGCCCAGCUGGAUCCGCUUGGGUAACUUCAACCUAUUCAGAUGGCGGCACGACUUGAAAGGGUUGAUCCAACUAUCAGAUUAUUGCAUUGAGGAAUUGUUUGCUGGGGGGACCCAAUUUGAGGGGAAACCCGACUUUAAUAUAUUCAAAAGGGAUUUUUUUCCUGACACUGAGACGAAGAUUGAUGAGCAGGUGGAAAAGGAUGAAACUGAGGUGAGUACCAUGACCGGAGAUAACAUUUCCACAUUGAGCAAAUAUGAUGAGUUUUUCAGACAUGUAGUUAGCUUGAAUGCAAACACAGUGGCCCAUUGGCAAGCGUAUGGGUUUGCUAACGGUGUUUUGAAUACGGAUAACACCUCCAUUAUGGGCCUGACAAUUGAUUAUGGCCCCUUUGCCUUCCUGGACAAGUUUGAACCAAGCUUUACCCCGAACCAUGAUGACACAGCGAAGAGAUAUUCGUUUGCCAACCAGCCAAGCAUUAUAUGGUGGAACUUGCAACAGUUUGCCAAGGAUCUCGCAUGUCUGCUGGGUCCUGAGGCCCGUGACCUUGAAUUGUUACUUAAGGGCGAACUGAAUUCUGUUGAUGACGCCCUAGAGAAAACCAUGAUUGAAAGGGUCCAGAAGUUGGUAGAGCUCAGUGCUAAUGAGUACAAGUAUGUGUUUACGACAAGGUACGCGCAGAUAAUGUCUCAAAGACUCGGUGUAGAUCUGGAUCUGGAAAAGUGCAUGUCUUCUACAAACCUCAAAGAUAUCGAACAUGCAGCCGAGAAGGCUAAAGAGUUCUGCGAUGUUAUCGUCGAACCAUUGCUAGAUAUUCUGCAGGCCACAAAAGUCGACUAUAACAAUUUUUUUAUCCAUCUACAAAAUUACAAGGGGCCCUUCUUCAUCAAAGAUAAAAGUGACACCGCAACACUUUUUGGAGCAUUCGAUGAAGAGUACUUGGGUAUGUUCUUCAACUCCAAGCAACUGCAGCAAAUGGCAGAAACUGAAGAGGCCUUCGCGGCUGGUGAGAAGGUCUUUGACGCUAACGGCGAAUUGCGUUUGCUCAACGAAAAAUUGCAAGAAAUACGCAAUUGGACCCAAGACUAUUUGACCUUGGUCCCACCCACGGAAACUGCUGCAAGAGCGUCGCUUGCCAAGAAAGCCAACCCGUUGUUUGUCCCCAGAAGUUGGGUACUGGAGGAAGUAGUCGACGAUUUAAUGUACAGUCAAAGGGAUGGCCUACAAGAUCCCAGUUCGGAGCUAGAUACAUCUGCGUUGAAGAAGCUAUACCUAAUGAGCGUAAACCCAUACGACCGCACGAAAUGGGAUGUCACUCUGCGGCCAGAACUGGAGACAAAAUGGGCUGACCUUUCCCACCAAGAUGACGCUAAGUUUAUGAUGCAAGCUUCCUGCAGUAGCUAA